GCGGCUGCUGUGGGGGUUAUGCUGGUCCUGGUGCUGGUGGUGCUCAUCCCUGUGCUCGUCAGCUCCGUGGGUACCGACGCCAGCCACUACGAGAUGCUGGGCACCUGUCGGAUGGUGUGUGACCCCUACCUGAACAAGGGGACCGCGGCUAGCAGCACGAGCUCCACUGGUCUGCAGGCUGAAGCCGAGGCGCUGACGGACCACAGCAACGUUCUUCCACCCUCCACUUUACUGCAGGGCCCACAGGGGAAGCCCGGCAGGCCAGGGAAGCCCGGACCACCUGGACCACCCGGACCGCCUGGAGAGCCGGGACCACCGGGGCCAGCUGGGCCUCCGGGCGACAGAGGGGAUCAUGGGCGGACUGGGAUUUUGGGUCUGGGGAGUAACGGAGCUAUCAGCACGGCCACCUACAACACGGUGCCUCGGGUGGCCUUCUACGCCGGGCUGAAGAACCCCCACGAAGGCUACGAGAUCCUCAAGUUUGACGACGUGGUCACCAACCUGGGCAACAACUAUGAUGGCAUUUCAGGCAAGUUCAUCUGCAGCAUCCCGGGUACAUACUUCUUCAUCUACCAUGUGCUGAUGAGAGGAGGGGAUGGAACCAGCAUGUGGGCAGACCUCUGUAAGAACGGGCAGGUUCGAGCCAGUGCCAUCGCUCAAGACGCUGACCAGAACUAUGACUAUGCUUCCAACAGCGUGAUCCUCCAUCUGGACGCAGGUGAUGAGGUUUACAUUAAACUGGAUGGAGGCAAAGCCCACGGCGGCAACAACAACAAAUACAGCACCUUCUCUGGCUUCAUCCUCUACGCAGACUGAGAGCAGACAGUCCAAC